CUGCGCACUUUCCUGGGCGGGAACAGCAAAAUGGCGCCAGGGCCAGUGGCGGGCUGAGGACGCCGUACCCCUGGGAAGUCGGCCCUGCGGUCGCCGGCCGUCUGGCCCCUCCCGGACAUGGAGGACGUGGAGGCGCGCUUCGCCCACCUCUUGCAGCCCAUCCGCGACCUCACCAAGAACUGGGAGGUGGACGUGGCGGCCCAGCUGGGCGAGUAUCUGGAGGAGCUGGACCAGAUCUGCAUUUCUUUUGAUGAAGGCAAAACGACAAUGAACUUCGUCGAGGCGGCACUGUUGAUCCAGGGCUCGGCCUGUGUCUACAGUAAGAAGGUGGAAUACCUGUACUCACUGGUCUACCAGGCUCUCGAUUUCAUCUCUGGCAAGAGGCGGGCCAAGCAGCUCUCUUCGGUGCAGGAGGACAGGGCCAAUGGAAAUGGCAGCUCUGAGGCCCCCCUGGAGGCAGAGGAUGAGUUCCUGUCGCUGGACGACUUCCCCAACUCCCGCGUUAACGUGGAUUUGAAGAACGGCCAAGCGCCUAGUGAGUUCCUCAUCAUCCCUCUCCUGCCCAUGGCCCUGGUAGCCCCUGACGAGAUGGAGAAGAACAACAACCCCCUGUACAGCUGUCAGGGCGAGAUCCUGGCCAGCCGGAAGGACUUCAGGAUGAAUACGUCCACCGCCCACCCCAGAGGGGCAUUCAUGUUGGAGCCGGUAGGAAUGUCCCCCACAGAGCCGGUGGGCAUGUGCCCCAUGCCAAGGAACCAGCAAGGCACCAGGAGGGCUGCAGAGCAGCCAAUGGAAGUAUCUGGGUGCAGGAGUCCUGACCCUAUGCUCGGCUUCUCCCAGGAACCAGGCAUCUCUCCAGAAGGCCCAAUGCCCAGCGGGAGGGGUGAGGAUGAGGACGCAGAGGAGGCGGUAGAGCUCCCCGAGGCCACAGCCCCCCAGGCCCUGCUGGAGCCGGAGGAGCCCAGGAGCCCACAGCAGAGUGCCGCCCUGCCAAGGAAGUACAUGCUGCGGGAGCGAGUGGGCGCCCCAGAGCCUGUGUCCCUGCCAAAGGAGACCCCAGACCCCUGGCAGAGCCUGGACCCCUUCGAUUCCCUAGACUCUAAGCCUUUCAAGAAAGGUAGGCCCUACUCUGUGCCCCCGUGUGUGGAGGAUGCUCCAGGACAGAAGCGCAAGAGGAAGGGUGCCACCAAGCUGCAGGACUUCCACCAGUGGUACCUGGCCGCCUACGCUGAUCAUGCUGACAGCAGGCGGCCACGGCGAAAGGGCCCGUCCUUUGCAGACAUGGAGGUCCUGUACUGGAAGCACGUGAGGGAGCAGCUGGAGACCCUCCGGAAGCUUCAGAGGAGGGAGAUGGCUGAGCGGUGGCUGCAGAGGGCUGAGGAGGGGCUGUGGCCUGCGGAUGAUGACCACCUGGAGGAUUCCCUGGAAGAUCUGGGGGCAGCAGCAGAUGAUCUAGAGUCUGAGGAGUGCAUGGACCCUGAGGGGGCAAAGCCCGGGGAAACCAAUGACCUGGAUGCAGAGGCCAUUCCGGCGUCCCUGAGUUACGAGGAGCUGGUUCGAAGAAAUGUGGAGCUCUUCAUCACCACCUCCCAGAAGUUUGUCCAGGAGACAGAGCUGAGCCAGCGCAUCAGGGACUGGGAGGACACCAUCCAGCCCCUGCUCCAGGAGCAGGAGCAACACAUGCCCUUUGACAUCCACACCUAUGGGGACCAGGUAGUUUCACGGUUCCCCCGGCUCAACGAGUGGUGUCCCUUUGCGGAGCUUGUGGCCGGCCAGCCUGCCUUUGAGGUGUGUCGCUCCAUGCUGGCCUCCCUGCAGCUGGCCAAUGACUACACAGUGGAGAUCACCCAGCAGCCGGGGCUGGAGGCGGCCGUGGACACCAUGUCCCUGAGACUGCUCACACACCAGCGAGCCCACAAGCGCUUCCAGACCUACACUGCCCCCUCCAUGGCUCAGCCCUGAGUGGGGAGCACUGAGGCAGGGGAGAGGGUGUGUGGAACCCACGUGUGCCGAAGAGCUGUGCACCUGCUCACUCCAUCGUUGCUUCCUGGCUGGCCCAGCCUAAUAAAGCGGUGGUGUUAUUCCACCAACCCCUAAAGAUAAA